AUGACCGAAGAUGACAAGGUCAAGAACAUCUUGAAAGGCAUGGAAGAUGACGCCGUCCAAAUGCUCUUGUCUCGUAUCCGGCUCCGCCGCGACCUGUUCUACGAAGGCUCGUUGCCAGACGACCAGCGGCAGCCGACGGCCGCCUUCUUCUCAGCCGACAGCUCGCUCAUGGACGGCACCGAGCGCCGUUCGCAGAUUGUGACCCUCGUCGACAAUCGAAACAUUAUUGCCAGGACGCUAUUUUCCUACCAGAUGGCUGCCGUGCUGGGAGAGAUGCUUAAUUUCCGGCUUCUGUCCGACGCAGCCUUCCGCGUCUUCUCCCUGUCACGUGUUUUCUGCGGCAUUGGCUACAGUGUGCCCUACCUGUUCCUGACCUCACGAGCGGUGGCGGAGCUGGGCGUCAGUGAGACAGACGCAAGUUUCUUGCUGUCAGUUGUGGGCUUCACCAACGUGGUAGGCCGCGUGGUCAUCGGCGCUGCAUCUGAUCGGCUGGGUGCGUACCGCAUAUGGCUCUUCAUGUGCUGCGUCAUGGUGUGCGGCCUCUCCACGGUGCUCAGCGUGCUAUCCCGCACCUAUACCGAGCUGCAAGUAUAUGCGGCCACAUACGGCGUCGCUGGAGGUGGCUUCAUCACGCUUAGCUCGGUGGUCGUGGUCGACAUGGUGGGUCUGGACCGGCUCACCAACGCCUACGGGCUCUGCCUUCUCUGUCUGGGCGUCGCAGCAUUAGUUGGGCCACCGCUAAACGGCUGGGUACACGACGUGAGUGGCUCGUACGCUCCGGGCUUCAUCCUGGCCGGUGUCUCCAUGUACGCUGCCGGCGUCGUGCUCAUUGGCGUGCCCUACCUGCAGAGCCGGAAGGCGAGGCGGCGCCACCGUUCGCACGCCGACGACCGGGCCGCCACGGUCUGACGGGCCUGCAGCUCUGGUCGCCCUCUGUGUGUGUGUGCCUCCUAAAGUGACCAUAUCAGACCACCUCGUGAGCUUGGAGAAGCAAGCGCAGACUCCUGCAGGAAAUCGUGCCCGUAGUUAUUGCCGCCCAUACAUUCCGCAACAAAGCGCGAACGCACUUCAACGCCCGCCUCUUACGGAUACUUGGCAAAUUUCAAAAUCCUGUUAUCGCAAUGACGAUUACGUUACGAGCAAUUGUAGCAAAGUG